UAAAUAGUAGACCCACAUUCCCUCAAUACAGUCUCUUUGGUGUUCACUCUAUAUAGCUGAAUAGACACACUUCCAAAAUGGCUCCAGAUAUCAAGAUGUAUUUCUGCAUUCAGCUUGUUCUUGCACUAACAGGCACAGGAAUUGGAUCUGCCCUGCCAGGUAAGAGCCACAGUGGAGGGAAGAACGACCCAGUGCUGCAGUAUGUCGUGAACAACUCACUGAGAGAACAUCCUGUCAUGACCAAACUCAGACUGGCCGGAGUCGAGGAUAAAAUUAAUGUCCGUCUUCAAAUGUGUAUAAAAACACUGGAUGAGUUGAUAGCUGCUGGGGAAGCUGGCACCUAUGACUUUGUGUUCAUCGAUGCGGACAAACGGAACUAUGACAGAUAUUACGAGAAGUCUCUUGAGCUUGUGAGACAAGGGGGCAUCAUUGCCAUUGAUAACGUACUCUGGAGUGGUAAAGUGGUGGACCCUGCUCCUGAUGACCUGACCUCCCAGGCUCUGGACAAGCUCAACAAGAAACUCCACACGGACCAGAGGAUCGAUCUGAGCAUGCUCACUGUGGGCGACGGACUCACCCUGGCCAUCAAACGCUAACGAUAACCCAUGCUAACUCAUACUAACCUGUGAUGACAAAUGCUUAACCCAUGCUUACUCCAAACCAACUGUGAUUUAUUGGGGAUUUAUUUGAGAUGUGGUAAACAUGAAGGGCUGGAAUAAAUAGAUGCUAUUUUCAACAAGUA